AUGUGUAUAGAGUGCGAAGAACAAAAGACCAAAGAGAAAGUGAAUAUGAAGAACAAGUCAAAGUUUGUUGGGGUGAGGCAAAGAGCUUCUGGAAAAUGGGCAGCAGAGAUCAAAGAUACAUCAAAGCAGAUAAGGAUUUGGCUUGGAACCUAUCAAACUGCUGAGGAAGCUGCUAGAGCCUAUGAUGAAGCUGCUUUUCUCCUUAGAGGUUCCAACACUCGCACCAACUUCAACACUUGUCACACCAUUGCUCCCAAUUCUCCUAUAUCUCUCAAAAUCAGAAACCUGCUCUAUCGUAGAACCAUCUCAACUCGAAGUCAAAACCAAUUCCCUAUGGUUAGUCCCAAUGUUCAAGAUGCCAAGCAAGAAAACCAUGCAUGUAGAUAUAGUGGUAGUAGUGAAGGUGAGUCUUUGUUUUGGGUUCAGAACCAAGUUUCUGAUAAUGUUUAUAGGCCAGAAUUGAAUAUGAUGAACUGCGCAACGGGUCCGGUUGAACUAAAUGAGUAUCAGUUUGAUUAUUCAUGGGCAUUAGCUCAACAAAGGAUUAAUGAAUUACCAAUAUUAUCACCAGAAAGUGGAUUCAAUGAAGAAAGGAAACUGUCAGAUUCACUUUUUGCCAUGAAUGAGGAUGAACAUGGGAAUGAGUAUGAGUGUAAUGUCAGUUAUCCUCUCUCCCACUUGUUCUGCUUUAAUUGAUGUUCAUGUUCUUAUCCAUGAGUAAUUGUUUUGAGAAAUCGACUUUUGUAAU